GUUUAGUAAGUCAAAUUGACAGAGUUUAGAAAGUUGAACCUCACUUACAUUAGUUGUGAAAACAUGGUACUACAAUAAGAUAAACUCAUCUUAGUGAAGUUAAGCCUAGUUUUGAAUUAUGUUUGUGUUAUGAAAAGUUCCAAUUUUUAAUGCACAGAAGGAAGAUGGAUUCAGGAGUUGUGGUGCAGAAGGAGCCAUGUGCCUAUCCUAUGGUGCUCCUGUAGGGGCCAUCUUUCUAUUUAUUUUAUUCAUAAGUACUGGGGAGGGGAAGGCUGUGGCUUCAACUAGUCAAGUUUUUACCUUUGCUCAUCCCAAGGCCUUCCUUAGGAUAGAACCAGAUUGGCCUUUACCAGAGAGAAGAGAAAUGAGCUUUAAGUUUAGAACACGUAAGCCUCAUGGACUACUUGUGUAUCAUGGUGGAGAGCUACCUGUAGAUGAUUUUCCAAACUAUGAACUUUAUGUAAUGUUGCAGAAUGGGAGACUAAAAGUAAUCCAUAUUUUUGGUCAUGAUGGAACUGAAGAGACUUACUUGAUUGGAAAAGGGCUAAAUCGUGACAAGUGGCAUGAAGUGUUCCUAAGAAUAGAACCUGGUUCAGGAAAACUGGUUGUUCAGAUAGAUAAUCUAGAAGAAGAGAUAACCAUUCCGUCUCUCAUACAGCAUCCAUUCUAUGACCUGAGGGGAAACAAACCCCAUUCUUUCCUUUACUUUGGAGGUGACUUGAAGACAAAAUCAGCAAGUAGGAAACAGUGUAAAACAAAGACAAGCUUCUCACAAGAGUCUUGGGUCUUUCAGCAAGAUGAACUACUCCUCUGCAGGAUAAGGAUGAAUCUCCCUUAAAAAGUGUUCCUACUUCUCUUUGUAGCUGACAUUUCAGGGUGUGAUUUGCCCAGCUCUAAUAAUAAUCUCUGAUUUAAGAGGGCAGCAAUAAUGUAGUUAAAUUCCCCCUCUGACUAGUAAUUUGAUUUAUUUAGAAAUGAAAGGUUGAUUGAUUUUCAGUAGCCAUCUUCCAAUGAAAAUCUGGUGUAUUGUGACCAGUGAAAUUCAGUUCUAGAUGAAACCACACAAGAGCACUUCCAUAAUUUGGCAGUCAAAAUCACUCAAAUCUUCAGUAUUUUUCUUGUGACCUUAACUGAGUAUUGUUGAAUCAUCAUGUUGCAUACUUUACAGAAAGUUUGAGGCAUCAGUGAUCAAGGUAUAAAUAUAAGCGACCAAGCAACAGCAAGUUAAGAACUGAAGAAGUAAAGUUCAGUAAAGUCAAGUGUAGUUCAGUCAGAAAAUUAGUUAGUGAAAGAAAACGUGAAGUUAGCCGGCAUUUGAACGAUUAGCCAUAACAAGCGAUAUUUUAAAGUGAGUUUUACAGUUCAAUAGAGAUAAGGAGAAUAAUUUGUCUUGUCAAAGGGU